CGGAGAGGCUGCCGGCCUCUUGACAACCUAUUUACCAAUUGAGGAAACCAAGGCAGAGGAGGUUCAGACAUAAGUACCGUGCCCUGAACUGGCUGAAACACCGUGACUCCUGCUCGUGGCACUCCGGCCAGUUUGGAAGUUGCAGCCUUAAAACAGCCGAGACCAUGGCCUUGCAGAGUGCGAGACGCACCGUGGGGUCCUUCAGAACCCCCACCCACAGCAGCCUCCUGCUUCUGCUUCUCAGCCUCAGUUGGGUGCUACCUUCCAGGGCUCAGACUGCAGACGGGGGAUGGGGUGUCAUGACCCCAUGGCAGGAACACACCUUCCAGAAUCUGUCCGGGCAGCCGCCUGAGCUGACCGUCAUCCUCCGGAGGGCCCCACGGGGCACAGAGAAUAAGACCUGCCCCCUGGGGAAGGAGGUCCACGUGGUGGAUGAAAACCUUUUCUUCUAUGAGAACUGGGAGCUGGAGGCCUGUGUGAACGGGGCCUUGCUGGCUGAGCAAAUGGACCGGGUGAAUGCAGUUCCCUUCACCUACCAGCAGCUUGACAUUUUAAAGCACAAACUGGACCAGUUCUACCCACAGGGGUACCCGGAGUCCCUGAUCCGGAACCUGAGUUACUUCUUCCUUGAGGUCACCCCAGAGGACAUCCACAAGUGGAAUGUGACAUCCUUGGAGACAGUGAAAUCUCUGCUUAAAGUCAGCAAAGGGCAAAACAUGGAUCCUCAGGUGGCUGCCCUGAUUGCCCGCUAUCUGGUGGGAGGGGGCCAGCUGGACAACGUCACUCUGGACAUGCUGGCCAGAUUUCAUCCUGCCUACCUCUGCUCCCUCAGUCCCGAGGAGCUGGGCUUUCUGCAACAAGAUGUUGUUUGGGGGGUCAGGCCCCAGGACCUGGAGGCAUGCCGCCCGCUGCAGAUGGAUGUUCUCUACCACAAGGCCCGCGUCGCUUUCCAGAACAUGAGCGGGUCCAUGUACUUUGUGAGAAUCAAGCCGUUCCUGGGUGCGGCCUCCACGGAGGACUUGCGGGCUCUCAUUCCACAGAAUGUAAGCAUGGACAUGGCCACGUUCAAGAAGCUACGGAAGGAAGCCUUGCUGCCGCUGACCAUUGCUGAGGUGCAAAACCUUCUGGGUCCAAACCUGGAAGGCCUGAAGGCAGAGGAGGGAAACAGCCCUGUGUGGGACUGGGUUGUCCGACAACGGCAGAACGAUCUGGACAGCCUGGGGCUGGGACUCCGUGGUGGCAUCCCCAACGGCUAUGUGGUCCUAGACCUCAACUCUCGAGAGGCCCUCUCAGGGGGACCCCACCUCCUUGGACCUGGACCUGUGUUCAUUAUGAUCCCACCUCUUCUCCUGGCCUCAAUCCUGCACGGAACAGGGUGCUCUGGAUGCUGAACUGGGCCCUGCUGUGGAGACUCCCACCCAGGGGAGCAGGCCUGGUGGUCCCUGCCUCACCCUGGGGGGCUGGAGCUCAAUA